UGGCAGGAUGCAGGCCGAUUAUUUCUGUAGAUGGUUGCUGGCUCAAGGGACAAUUUGGAGGACAACUGCUCUCAGCUGUGGGAGUAGAUGCAAAUGAUUGCAUCUAUCCCUAUAGCAUGGGCUGUGGUGGAUAAAGAAAACUACGAUAACUGGAGAUGGUUCCUAGAGCUACUGGCAAUAGAUUUGGAAAUUAAUAACGGUCAUGGAUUUGCUUUUAUGAGUGAUAGACAAAAGGGCUUAAUACCAGCCUUAGAAGAUUUAUUUCCCAACUCAGAGCAUAGAUACUGUGUCAGGCAUAUACAUUGCAACUUUAGGAGUAAUUACAAGGGUAAAGCUUUAAAAGACCAACUAUGGAAAUGUGCUAGGGCCAGCUACAUCCCUGCCUUUAACAAAGAAAUGGAAACCUUGAAUGCCAUGUCACCCGAUGCAUAUGAGUUCUUGAGGAAAAUACCCCCCAUACAUUGGAGUAGGGCACACUUUAAACCAAUCUACAAGUGUGAUAUGCUUUUAAAUAACCUCUGCGAGUGUUUUAAUAGUUUGAUACUUUGUGCUAGAACCAAAGGGAUUGUGACAUUAAAUGAAACCAUUAGAACACAGCUAAUGUGCAGGAUUCAGAGAAAGAGAGAUUCAAUGAAAAAAUCAGGAAAUAUAUUCUGUCCUAAGAUAGUUAAAAAAUUGGAAAAGGCAAAGAAUAUGACUUACUUUCAUAAUACAACUUGGUCAGGGGGAGACCAAUACCAAAUUAUAUGCAAUGAUGGCCAAUUUGUGGUGAACAAAAAGGAAAAAACAUGCACUUGUAGAAGGUGGGAAUUAACUGGAGUGCCAUGUUCUCAUGCCAUUUCUGCAAUUUAUUACAACCAUGAAAAGCCAGAGACUUACAUAGAGGACUGUUAUAAGGUGUCCACCUUCCUAGACAUAUACAGCCAUAUCCUGUACCCUACACAAGACAAAACCUGCUGGCCAAAGAGUCCUCAGUGCCCUAUGAUACCACCUGAAGUUGUUAUGAAAAAAAGGGGGCAGAAGGUUAGGCUAAGAAGGAAAGAUGCAACUGAGAAAAUUGGCUUUUGCAAUGGAAAGGUGAGCAAGACAGGGAAGAAAAUCACUUGCAGCAUAUGUGGAGUUACAGGACAUAACAAAAGGUUUCAUGGACAACAGGGAACUAAUACUAACAAUGAUGACAAUGGAGGACAAACUGGGACUUCAACAACAACUCUGCCCCGGGAUGAGGUAAAUUGUCAUGACCCUAUGGAUGGAAUAGAUCCACAAGUUCUAGAGGAUCAUUUGCAAUUGGUUGAUCACCUAAUUGAAUCUCAAUUCAGUGAAAAAAUUACAACAUUUGAAAAUGUUCAAGUGGAACCUUUACAGGGUAUUAUUACACAAGAGCAGGAUGCACACAAUGCUGAAGAAAGGAGGUCAGAAAGGAAAAAACUUGAAACAAUGAGACAAAGAAAGAAGGGCAUAAUUGAAGCUAACCCAGUACUGGUGGAACGACUCUUGCAGAACCAUUGCAAAAGAAAAACACAGGUCAAAAACAUCCUGUAAAUUCAGAUCUUGCAACCAAAAAGAGGAAACAAUGGAUUCCAUAACUUAUCAAGACUGCUUACAGUGAUGAAGGGAAUGUUUGAAAAAAAGAUGCUGCUCUUGGAUAUUUCUUGUUAUGACAGCAUGUAAUUAUAUUCUAAGGAUGUACUCAUAGCCUAAUGGCAAUUUUGUUGUGACAUGGUGAUAUUAUGUUUUAAGGUUGUAUUCGAGCCACAUGCAAUUUUGUUAUAACAAGCUAAAUGAAUGAAUUAUAAAUGUU